AUCGAGGAGAAGUAGGACAGCGGUAGCCCUGGAAUGGGGCGCAGUAGGUUGGGGUGACAUGUGGUCAUGGGGGGACGUGCUGCUGCCGCUGCUCUACUGCGCCGCCCUGCUGGUCACUGUGUCCACCAUCAGACACCUCCUGAGACAGAGGAGACCCCGGGGCUUCCCUCCCGGACCCCUCAGACUGCCCCUCAUAGGGAACAUCCUGAGCCUCAACUCCACCGAGCCCCAUGUGUACAUGACCCGCCUGAGCCACAGCCACGGAGAGAUCUUCAGUCUGGACCUGGGUGGCAUCUCCACUGUCGUUCUGAAUGGUUAUGAUGCGGUGAAGGAGUGUCUGGUGCGCCAGAGUGAUGUCUUCGCUGACCGCCCAUCCCUGCCACUAUUUCUUAAGCUGACCAAGAUGGGAGGUCUAUUGAAUGCAAAAUAUGGGCGCUGUUGGACGGAGCACCGGAAGUUGGCGGUGAGCUGUUUCCGUAACUUUGGAUAUGGUCAGAAGUCUUUUGAAAGCAAAAUUUUGGAAGAGUCUUUUUUCUUCCUGGACACCGUGGACACCUAUAAGGGGAAAGCCUUCGACCCGAAACACCUGAUCACCAUCGCCGUCUCCAACAUCUCCAACCUCAUUCUGUUCGGGGAGCGCUUCCGGUACGACGACAACGAGUUCCAGCACAUGAUCGAGAUCUUCAGCGAGAAUAUCGAGCUGGCGACCAGCGCCUGGGUCUUCCUCUACAACGCCUUCCCCCUCAUCGGUAUCCUGCCUUUCGGGAAGCACCAGCAACUGUUUAAAAAUGCCGCCGAGGUCUACGACUUCCUCCUGCGGAUAAUCGAGCGCUUCUCGGAAAACCGCAAGGCGCAUUCGCCGCGCCAUUUCAUAGAUGCCUAUCUGGAUGAAAUGGAGAAGAAUGCCGCAGACCCGAACAGCACGUACUCCACGGAGAACCUGAUAUACUCUGUUGGAGAGCUAAUCAUUGCCGGAACUGAGACCACGACCAACGUUCUGCGCUGGGCCCUGCUCUUCAUGGCUCUCUACCCCAACAUUCAAGGUCAGGUGCAGAGAGAAAUCGAUUCCGUGGUCGGACCAAACCAGACCCCAACCUGUGCCGAUCGCCCCGCCAUGCCGUACACCGAGGCCGUCCUGCACGAGAUCCUGCGAUUCUGUAACAUCGCCCCGCUGGGGAUUUUCCAUGCCACGUCUAGAGACACUGAGGUCAGAGGCUACUCCAUCCCUGAGGGUACCACCGUCAUCACCAACCUCUACUCUGUGCACUUCGACCAGAAGUAUUGGACCGAUCCGGAGAUUUUCUACCCGGAGAGGUUCCUGGACGGCAGUGGCCAGUUCGUCAAGAAAGAGGCCUUCGUCCCCUUCUCUCUGGGCCGCCGGCACUGUUUGGGUGAACAGCUCGCCAGAAUGGAGCUCUUCCUGUUCUUCACGGCCCACCUCCGGCGCUUCCACGUCCACUUUCCACACGGCUCAGUGCCGAACCUGAAACCAAAGCUUGGCAUGACCCUGCAGCCGCAUCCGUAUCUGAUGUGUGCCGAGAGACGUCAGAGGUAG